AAAGUAAAUAAAACUAAUUUGUCGGUUUUCACGGAGCCACCUCCAAUAAGUUUCCGCUUCCGGCGUAAAGGGAAAAAUCAAUUUUUCUUGCUUUUCAACAUUAUAGAAUAACCUUUGAGGAUGAGUAGUUCAGAAGAAGUUUCAUGGAUAUCUUGGUUCUGUGGACUCAGGGGGAAUGAAUUCUUUUGUGAGGUGGAUGAAGACUAUAUACAGGAUAAAUUCAACUUGACAGGAUUAAAUGAGCAAGUACCACACUACAGACAAGCUCUAGACAUGAUUCUAGAUUUAGAACCAGAUGAUGAGCUGGAAGACAAUCCUAACCAAAGUGAUCUGAUAGAACAAGCUGCAGAGAUGUUGUACGGACUUAUACAUGCAAGAUACAUUAUGACAAAUAGAGGCAUUGCACAGAUGAUUGAAAAAUGGCAGCAAGGUGACUUUGGUUACUGUCCAAGAGUUUACUGUGAAAAUCAGCCAAUGCUUCCAAUAGGUUUAUCCGAUGUUCCUGGUGAAGCCAUGGUAAAGUUGUAUUGUCCCAAAUGUCAAGAUGUUUAUACACCCAAAUCUUCACGGCACCACCACACAGAUGGUGCUUACUUCGGUACAGGGUUCCCACACAUGCUAUUCAUGGUUCAUCCAGAAUAUAGACCUAAACGCCCAGCCAAUCAAUUUGUACCAAGGUUAUACGGAUUCAAGAUCCAUCCCUUGGCGUACCAGUUACAGUUCCAGGCAGCGGCCAACUUUAAGAUGCCCAUGAGGGGAAUAGGUCAUAACAAUAGUAAACGUUGAAUACAACUGUGAUAAUGGACAGUGUUAAGAAAUCGAUAUUCACAUUUUUGUACAAAUAUCUCAUAAUUGUGUAAAUUUUACUGAUAAAUAAAAAUGGUCCUUCUUCAAAGACAAAGGCUAGACGUAAACCCUCACAGUCAUUUAAAGUAAUUACAGAAGUAAAUAAAGUUAAUAAUAAUGAAAUAUGACUUUGAAAUUAACAUUAUUUAUCAACAUUAUUCUUAAUAGGGUAGCUACAGUUAUUUAAAUUACAUAGAUCUGUAACUUUUUGUUCUAAAAUUUGAAGUUUAUGAAAUUGAGGCAUCCUUCCAUUUUGCAACUGAUUAACACUUGACUCCUAAAUCAGACUGGUUCUACUUGACUCCUAAAUCAGACUGGUUCUACUUGACUCCUAAAUCAGACUGGUUCUCUUAAGAUUGAUACUACUUCCUGUCUUUACGUGAUAAAGUUGUACUGGAUAGCAUAUUUUUGAUUUAGGGACCUUUUUUUUCAAUUGUGUGAAUUUGGAGCUGUGUAUGCUUCACAUUUGUCUCUCUCAUAUGAACCCUUCACAUAAAUAUUUAAUCCAAAGCUAUUUUAUUACAUGUUCCAUUCAUUAGCAACAUGUUUUUGUAGUGUGAUUGAACAAAAUUCGGUCAGAAAAAAACUUGAACUGGCCAGCUUUUGUUGUAAAUACCAGUUGCUUACAAAUUCAUCAUUUCGACAGAUUAUAGAUUAGAACUGAUUUGACCUAAGAUUAGAAGUAAUGGCCACUAAGAAAUCCUGGUGCUCUAAUAGUGCUCCUUAUGUUGUGGGGAGAAUGGGAUGCUUGUUGGCUGAGAGAGGAUAGUAAUAUGCUAAACUAUUUUGGACAUGACACCAUUACUGACCAUAAAGUUUGUAAUCUUAACUUUUAAAUAUGCAUAUUGUUUUGUGAUAUGAAGAAUAUAUUCAGUUUUGUUAGUAUAUACUUUUUGUUGAAGAUAAUAACGUGGAAAACACAAACGUGAUUUCAAACGAAAGUGAUGUUUGUAGAUUUUCAAUAGAUGAAGCAAAAAUUAAAUGUAAAUAUUACAAAAUAUUUUCAGAUCAUCAUGUUAUAAAAUGUUGUAUGUUUCACUUCCUGUUUUAUAUGAAUCAUCUAGAUAAAAAAUGAUUCACGAAAAUUUGUUGGAGUUUGGUUGCAUUCACUUUUAACAUGCAUCUUAGAUACUUUGUAUUAUAUAGUCAUUAUUGGUCCUUCAUUUGAUAAGACAAGACCUGUCAGUAAGAAUAUUUUGGGUCCCAAACUUCUGCAAGAAUGCAGUGCUGUUUGAUUCUAUAAAUGAGCCGCACCAUGAGAAAACCAACAUAGUGCAUUUGCGACCAGCAUGGGUCCAGACCAGCCUGCACAUCCGCGCAGUCUGGUCAGGAUCCAUGCUGUUCGCUUUCAAAGUCUGUUGCAGUUAGAGAAAUCAUUAGUGGACAGCAUGGAUCCUGACCAGACUGCACGGAUGCGCAGGCUGGUCUGGAUCCAUGCUGGUCGCAAACCCACUACGUUGGUCUGGAUCUAUGCUGGUCGCAAAUGCACUCUGUUGGUUCUUUCAUGGUGUGGCUCAAAUACAUAGUUGAAUAAUGUAAAAUCAGAAGUAUUCACAAGAGAUUAAUUUUUACUAAUUUCGAGUUUUUGAUUUUUUUUUGCAAAAAUUCUUUGAAAAAAAUCUGAUUUGUUUGGGAAAAAUUUACCAACUAACACAUUGUUAGUAGCAUUUUUUUGAAAUUUUGUUAAAUUCUGGUAAGUCCAAAAAUAAUUUAUAUUAUAGUGUACUCGUAGAUUUUGAUUAAAGUGCUUUGCAACACAUGGACGUGUACAACAUACUCUGUAGUUUCUAGUGGUAAUGUCUUUGUACAAUAAACAUUUUCAUCUUUU